UCAUGCUCACCAACCAGCUUUUUAUGUGCCAUCAUCCUAUUGGUCGCAACGGGCGGUGCUUUGAAAAAAAAAAUGGAGAUAACUCCGACCUAAAAAUCAAACCAAAAUGUCAAAAGAAAAGCAACAAAAAAUAGGGAUUGAACUAUCUUCCUCUCCAUUUCGUUGGCUCUACCAUUACAUCAGUAAACACCAGAGGCGAAUCGUUAUUCUCUCUGUUGAUCUCGGGUAUGCUUUAGUUGACAACCCACUCCCUCUGUAUCAGCCUGAGUUCAUUGGAGUCCAAUCUUCCACUUUCUUUAGGGCUUCUUCUAUCCAGUAUUUGGGGAUGUCAUACCGCCUACCCUCCGUCGCCAAAGCAUGUGCAACUUCAUUAGCUUUAAGAGAUACAUAUCAAAAUUCUAUCUUAUCAAAUAUGCAAAACCUUUCUUUUAUUUCCUUUACUAGAUUACUAAUAUUCGAUUUAUCCUCCUCUACAACCUUUACUCUCUUGAUGACAGUUAAGGCGUCCCUUUCCACAAAAACCUUUUUAAAACCCAAUUCCUCUGUGAAGGUUACCACUUGCAGACAUGAUUGUGCUUCUACCAUGGUUGAGUUUAACACAUGCUCAUUCGGAAUCGAGGGUUAAACCGUUAAUUCUCCAGAGAAUUUAUGAGAUGCAAAGAAAAAUAUUCGAAAGUGUGUGCUGAACAAUUCUGGGAUUUUAUAGGCCAUCUUACACGAGGUUCAUAGCAUCAUCUAUUUGAUCUAAACCAGAUAGAGACAAAAUGUAUAAUGGCUUGAGAUAGAGUUACUGGUGCUCAGGAACAAAACGUGAAAUUUUAGAGUUUUAUCGAGAUGUCUGAUAUGUAACUAGGUCAAAGCUAAAUAUCAAGUUGUUUUUUGAAUUAUUACAGUGUGUAAUAAUUUCUAAAUGGGAACGAGAGUGAGUCAUGGUAGAUUUUGAAUUUGUAAUUACCUUUGACGAUGAGAAAGGAAGACUUGAAAUAAAUUGUUAUUAUCAGGUUGAUGAAAUUAGCUCAUUUUAUUCUAGUCAGAACAUGUUACUCACUUUAAAAGCUAGUUGAGUUGUAUGUAUAUGAGUUUUACUUCUAGAUUCCAGAGUAAAUUUCACGAAGCUAUGACGCAAGUAGACGGUCAGUCGGAACGAGAAAUUUAGAUUCUUGAAGACAUAAUACAGUUUUAUAUCAUCAAGUUCAAGGGCAAUUGGGAAAAUGUUUACCGUUUGUUGGAUUCGUUUAUAAUAACAACUAUCAGUCUUGUAUUAAAAUGAUACCGUUUAAAGCUUUUCACGGACAGAAAUGUAGAACUCCGUUAUACUAGUCAGAAUGGAGCGAAAAAAAGUUUGUUGAGAAAGAUUUAAUUUGGAAAAUCGAAGAGUCCUUCAGAACACAGUAGUCGAAACUAUUUUCAGGUGAGAAAUUUUGAGGACGAAAUUUUCCUAAGGAGGAGAGCUAUAACAAUCUAUUUUUAGUAGUGUCGAAAAUAGUGGUUUCAGGACCACAAAUCUAACGACAAAGUUCGUAAAUAUUAUUAAUUAAUAUUUAUGAGUUAAGUAUAAUAUUAUUGAAAUUUUGAUUUAAUAAAUUUUUUUGAUUGGUCAUAUAGUCAAGUUUAAGUGGUUAAUCCCUUAAGUCAAGUGGUUUUGGAAAUGAGGUAUCGGGACCUCGUUUUUAUAAAUUGAGCCUGUAAAGUUUUUUAUUAAGUACUAGCGGAAUGAUUAUAUAGGUAUAUUGAAAUUUUGAUUUAGAAUUUUAAUGUUUAGAUAGUUAAUUGAGUAAAAAGGACUGAAUCGUAAAAGAUGCAAAAGUUAAUAUCUAUAGGUUUAUUUGCAUUAAAUUGAUUUAACACAAGAAUUAAGGGUUCAGAUUGGUAAAUUUGCCAAGUUAAAAUAUAGUGGACGAUUGUGGCUUGGUUUUUGGUGAAAAUUUUGAUUAUUUCUAAAGGUUAAUUUUGUAAAUUGGUAAAUUAGUAAUUAAAACAAAAGAUGACAAAACCUAUUAUUAUCGUUUUCUUCCUUUUCUUUUUUGUUUUGGAACUGAAAAGCCUUGGUUAAACCUAAGGAACAUUCGUCUAAGCUAUAUUGGUUUGCGUGUAAGUGAUUUUGAUAUUGUUUUUAAUGAUUUUCAUGUUUUUAAAGUCAUUUUAGCUUAAUCUAGGUAGUCUGGGGGUCAAUUUGUAAAACUGUUAAAAGUAUAGGGACUUGAUAUGAAUGAGUUUGAAGUAUUUUUAUUUUAAUUAAUAUAUUAUUGAAUUUGAUAGUUAAAUAAAAGUAUUAGGUUAAGUGAAUUUUAAUAAUUUUAAUGUUUAGGAAUUAAAUUGUUGAAAUAGUAAAAUUCAAUGUAAAUUGUGUGAAAUGAGGAAAAUAUUGGUGUUAUAAGACUUAGGAAAAUCUACUAGCAUGAAUUUUAAUUAAAAGUGGUUAAAUUGCAAGUUUCAGUUUUAGGGACUAAAUUACAAAAAAGGUAAAACAUUGGGGUUAAUUUUGUAAGUUUCCUAUUGAUAAGGGUUAUAAGUUGAAUUAAUUAUAUUAAGUUAUUUGAAUGGUUUAACUGAAUGAAAAUUACUAUUUAGAUCAAGAAACGAACCAAACAAAUCUAAACUAAGGAAAAUCUAAAGUGUCAGAUUAGUUAUCGACUUUGUUUUUGAAACUAUUUUUGUGGAGGUAACUUCGUAUAAGUAUUAAACUUAUUAAUUGAUGUUUUGAUUGUAUGUUAAUUAAUGUUAAGCUAGGUAUAAUAUAAAUUGAUAAUAAUACGAUGUUUUGGAUAUUGGAUGGUUUAAUAGUCCCGUUUGAACUUUGUGAAUACUUAGGAUACAAAUGACAUGUCAUUAGGGAUUAUACAAUUUUGGGUGCUGUUCUUAGAUGUCCUAUCGAUGGUUGAGGUCCUACAUUUGUUGCAGAUUCUUGACAGCUCAUGUGAGCAGUAUCGUGUAGAUAACAUCCUAAACCAUAGCUCUUGUGAGCAUUAUAGAGACGGUUAUAGUUACAUGUAAAAGCACACUUUGUGUGAGCAUUUCUCGAGUGUCCGAUGUUAUGCUAUUUGAUUCAACAGGAAAUUAAGAUUUAAAAUGAAAAGGUACGUAUACUAAAUUAGCCAUGUUAUUGAGAAUAUGGAAUGGAAAAUGUAAUAUGUGUAAUUGGAUUGAAAAGGUAACAAUUGGAUUAUGUGAUAGAUGAUUUAUAUAUCGAAAUCUUUUUCAUGAUAUGUGCCAUGUUUCAUUGGUUGAUAUAUUCUUAAAUGUAUCUACUAACUAUGUGACGUGUUGUGGAUAGGAAAGAAAAAUAUCCAUAUGAUCUAACGAGUAAUGUUUGAAUGGUUUAAUCAUUUUGUGUUCGGUAAGUUUAAGUUUCCUUUAUACGAGCUUACUAAGAACUAGUUACUUAUAUAGUUGUUUUUCGUUA